AUGUCAGAGCCAGUCCGCAAGCUCUGCUUGGGUUCAGAUAACAGGUCGUUCGCCCGUGCCCGCAACGCCCGGCUGAUCAUGAGUGACAAGAUCCCGGACAUGACGUCCGAUGAUGAGAAGCCUUAUUGUAUUUGGUACCCAGACAUCGCUAGCGAGGAUACCUACCGGGUCUUGUCAACGCGCUACCCCGAUAUGCGAUAUCUUGUUGGGCGGGCGUGCGCAGUCGCCGGGUAUGCCGAUCUGUACAGCGAGCUUCAUCUUCUUCCGGAGGUCUCUGUUGCCGAGGAAGCCAGGGACAAUUCCUCAAAGAAAGGAUCCAAGGUCAUAUUUGACUGUAUCAUGCUUCAACCUGUCUGUUACGCUAUUCUCAAUGACUACACCCGCUCAAGCAAUACAACGAGCCCAUUGUCACCUGCGUUCAUGAACGGCGAUACGGCAGUCCGGUCUUCCUUGGACUUUCGACUUGGGCUAAAGGAUUGCAAGGAGUGGGGAAACCAUUACUUCAACAUCACUGAGGACUUCCAAGUCGAUGAGUUCUCAUCAGAGAAGACUAACAUCGAGGAAGUUGCCCCCGGGCACAUCGCGCUCUUCUAUACUCCCCUCCUCUCGCACUUACCGACUACCAACAAGGAUGCCUUGAUCCUCAUGGCUGCUUAUGAGGGCAAUAUAGAGCGCUAUGUACGCUUGCGCCGGCCUAAGAUGCUCCAUGACGAACAAGCAGCCGUCAUCCGCGGCAUCUACAACAAUACCACCUUUGCCAAAUGGUGGUCUCUCCAGAAACUAGAAUAUGGCAACCACGCAAUCAAGACAGCCGUCCUCGCCAGAUUCAUCAUGGUGAACGAUCUGUCGCAUAUCGCACCUGACUCUCCAACUGAAGCUGCCAUGCCACAUUUGAUAUGGUGGCCCUUGCUACCUGCGGAAGCGACUUUGAGAGAACUUGUCCGCCGUCGGCCUGAUAUGAACUUGCAAGUCGCCAUGGCGUGUAUCGCGGGCGACUACAGGGAUUUCUGGGACGAACUUGCGCCAAAGCCAUGCUCAGAGCUCCUGAAUCAGGCAACACAGAAGGAGGAACGAAGUUCAAGGUUUCCGCAAAGUCCGAGAUACCCAGACAGCCCCAACCGAAACUACUACGUUGAGUACCUCGAGAAGAGAGCCAGGGCUCUGGGCAUGGAACCCAUUGAUCUACCACGAACAUGUUCUGAGUGCGACGACGCGGCGGUUCGCGAUAAAGAGCCCACAACAACAUUUCUUGACCCGUGGAUAAUUGCUCGUAGGUACGCGAUCGUGGACUCUAAUCCUGACGAGUGCUACUACUGGGGCGUCGGGGGGCAGCCCAAUGCCACGAGUUGGGAGUUGUGUAUCUGCACGAGUGAAGAGAUGAGGCGGGAGGCAAGAGAUGAGGAGGGCUUGAUGUUAUAUCAAUAG